AUGUCAACCAUCACAUUCGUCACAGGAAACUCCAACAAGCUCAAGGAAGUUCUUGCGAUCUUAUCUACUUCCUCGCAAGAUUCCAACAAAGUUGGAAAAUUCCACAUCACAAACAAGUCUAUCGACUUGGAUGAAGUUCAAGGCACCAUUGAAGAGGUCACAAUCCACAAAGCGCAAUCAGCCGCCCAACAAAUCAACGGACCGGUACUUGUUGAAGAUACUUGUUUAGGGUUCAACGCAUACAACGACUUACCUGGCCCUUACAUCAAGUGGUUUGUGAAACUGAUUGGAUUGCAAGGGUUGGUGAAGAUGUUGGCUGGAUUUGAAGACAAAGGCGCCAAUGCAAUUUGCACAUUUGGGUAUUGUGAAGGACCUGGUAAAGAAGUCAAGAUUUUUCAAGGAAGAACUGAAGGCACAAUCGUUGACAGCAGAGGGCCAACUGAUUUUGGAUGGGAUUCCGUAUUUCAACCAACUGGGUUUGAUCAGACAUAUGCAGAGAUGGACAAAUCAGUUAAAAACACUAUAAGUCAUAGAUACAGAGCAUUAGAUAAAGUGAGAGGUUACUUGUUGUCUCUCUAA